AUGGCGCCUUCUCUGCCCUAUGCCGCCGAUGCGGAGAGUCCGCUUAAGCCAGAGGAACUUCAGGUUCUCCGCUCCCAGUACGAGAAAGAGGGCGAAUACGUAGGCAUUCAGACCAAGUUCAACUACGCAUGGGGCCUCAUCAAAUCCACGCAACGCAGCGAGCAACAAGAAGGCGUGCGCCUCCUCUCCGAGAUCUUUCGCAACAGCCCCGAGCGCCGUCGCGAAUGCCUUUACUACCUUGCGCUUGGCAACUACAAGCUCGGCAACUAUGCCGAGGCCCGCCGUUACAACGAGCUGCUGCUCGACCUUGAGCCUGCCAAUCUCCAGGCCGGCAGCUUGAAGACACUCAUCGACGACCGCGUCGCGAAGGAGGGUCUGAUGGGCGUUGCCAUCGUGGGCGGCAUCGCGGUGGCCGCAGGUGUAGUGGGAAGCUUGCUCAUCAGGAGCUCGCGCAGGAGGUAA